AUGGCCCAAGUGGUGACAUGCUUAGAUCAGCCGUCCUCCUACAGGGAUAACAGGUCGGAGAUUGACCGAGAGACUGAACGUCGGCUGCUCGCUCAAUCCAGUACACUCUAUGUAGGAAACCUAAGUUUUUAUACCACAGAAGCACAGAUAUAUGAAUUAUUCUCGACAUGCGCACGACCAGACGAAGGAGGAGGUAUCAAGAGAAUCAUAAUGGGACUUGACAGGCAUCAGAAAGUACUUCCUACACUCCGAAGCAGUGGACUGCUUGAGUUUGGCAGAGGGAAAAGUGGUGGUCAGGUGCGAGACGAGUUCAGACAGGAGUACGAUAGUGGACGAGGUGGAUGGGGUCAUCAACGUCUCGAGGAAGAGAAGAGAAGACAGGAACAAGAGAGAUUACGUUCUCAGAUACAGUUCGAUACAUAUGCUGCUGUCGGUGGACUUGGAAUGGCUGGAGCAGAUGUGCCUCGAGGUGAAGGUGCGGGAGCAGAUCGUCAGAAAAGAGGACGAAGUGAGGAUGAAGAUAUUGAGAGGAGAGAAGACGAGAAGCGAUUACGAGGAGAACGUGAUGAUGAAUAA